AUGGAUCCAGUAUCGUCGGGACUGGAUCCGACGCUUCCUUUGGAAACGUUCACCAAUACUUCCAUAGCGACGGGAGGCGAUUCGAGACUAUACAAUCUCAAUCCCGGCGACAUCGCUUGGAUGAUCACAUCGACAGCGCUCGUGCUUCUCAUGAUCCCAGGUGUAGGAUUCUUCUACUCUGGACUUGCAAGGAGAAAGUCGGCAUUAUCGUUAUUAUGGCUUUCCGUCAUGGCGGCCGCGGUCGUCUCCUUCCAGUGGUUUUUCUGGGGUUACUCACUUGCCUUUUCGCACAAGGCCGGAAAGUUCAUCGGAGCGCUGGAUAACUUUGGGUUAAUGGAUGUUCUAGCGGCUCCUUCUAUCGGUAGUCCGCGGAUUCCUGACCUCAUGUUUUGUCUUUACCAGGGCAUGUUCGCCGCCAUCACGGUUGCACUGGCCGUCGGAGCUGUUGCCGAACGAGGAAGGAUGCUUCCCUGUGUCAUCUACAUGUUCAUCUGGACUACCGUCAUCUACGACCCCAUCGCAUGCUGGACCUGGAACCCAUCCGGCUGGGUCUUCAAGAUGGGCGGAUUGGACUUUGCUGGCGGAACCCCUGUCCAUAUCGCCUCUGGUACUGCAGCUCUCGCAUACUCCUAUAUGCUUGGAAAGAGAAGUGGACAUGGAACACAAGAGCUCAACUACCGCCCGCACAACGUCACCCACAUCGUCAUUGGUACCGUCUUCCUAUGGGUUGGCUGGUUCGGCUUCAACGCUGGCUCGGCGCUGUCUGCUAACCUCCGUGCGGUCAUGGCCGCUGUUUGCACCAACCUGGCUGCUUGCUGCGGUGGAAUUACCUGGUGCCUGGUCGACUACCGUUUAGAGCGCAAGUGGUCCACCGUGGGCUUUUGCUCUGGUGUCAUUGCUGGUCUGGUGGCUAUUACCCCUGGAUCUGGAUACGUGCCUGCCUGGUCUGCCGUGGUCUUUGGUGUCGUCGGCGGCAUAUCCUGCAACUACGCCACCAAAUUGAAGUACUUCCUCCGCUGCGAUGAUGCCCUCGACAUCUUUGCUGUACACGGCGUCGGCGGCUUCAUCGGUAACAUCCUGACUGCCUUUUUUGCCGCAGACUACAUUGCGCAUCUUGACGGCGCCACCAUCAUCGACGGCGGCUGGCUAAACCACCACUGGAUCCAGCUCGGCUACCAACUCGCAGACUCCUUUGCCGGCGGCGCCUACUCCUUCAUCGGCACCUGCAUCAUCCUCGGCGUCCUCGACUUUUUCGGCAAAUUUGUGCCCGUCCUGCGUCUCCGCGCCAGCGAAGAAGAAGAAGCCCUCGGUAUCGACGACGUCGAAAUCGGCGAGUUCGCUUACGACUAUGUCGAACUCACACGCGAAGUCGGAAUCCCAGACGAAGGUGUCGAAGAGGGCAUGUCGACAUACUCGCUGGACCGCCGCGGCGCUCCCAUGCCUGCGAAGAGUCACCACGAGAAGAAUCAAGACUCUAUGGAUUCAGAGCACCAGCUUGCGGACUGGGCGCACCGUGCAUGA